GCAGCCGCUUUUCCAGAGAUGAAGAACAUUAUGCAUAUUUUUCAUGUUGCAACAACAUACCGCUUUAUGGUGGGGUUGAUAUGAUAUGUGAGAGAGUUCUGGCCGGGGUGUUCUAAACAUGUUCUGGGAGUAAUGUGCGCGCCAUCCAAUGGCAGCAUCUGUUCCACACCACAGCGUCAGCGCGUCAUCAGUUCCCAUUUACGAAACGAGUUUUAUUAAAUGAGGACAUGUGAGGGGAUCUGAGAGUAAGAAAAGGAGAUUGGAGAUAGACUGACUACAUGUUAGAAAUACUAGUAGCGAGCGAUACGUGUGUUACAAUUAUUUAUCAAGUGGACAACAACAGACUGAUGCUGGACUGUGCAAUGUCUGGAAGUGUGUCGCUUUUUUAAAAGACACAUGCGACCCGAUUUUAAAAAAAGUAUUGCAAUUGAAUUCGGAAUCGUUUGUGUGUGACUGUGAAUGGAUUUGCAUUUGCCAGCCUAUUCCGUGAAGACUGGAAUAUUUAAUAAUUUGCGAUAAUCACACAUCAUCGAUUGUCUGUGCUGUCUGCACAAUCCUGUUGAUUUAAAAUUAUUAUUGUCUAAUGUUUUUUCGGAUCCUUUCGACGGCUCUCUGCAUCUCUAUUCUCGUUAUAUGAGGUAUCAUCUGUUGCUGCAGCCGGAUGAACUGACACUGUCAUGCAUUUGGAUUGACUCUAGCUGCUGGAGAUGUAGGCAAUUCACAAUUCCCCCAAUUGAACAUGUUUUAUUUCAGGUAAAAUGGGAGAACGAUUAUUGUUACUAUUAUUGCUACUCUUAUCGUUACAUGCGGGUCGGUGAUAGCCCACUGCAGACGAGCCAUUCAAAAUCAUCCAUCUCCACAGCAGCCGGCUUCUCAGAGAUUUGAUCGUUACUUUAUUGAAUCAGACUGUAAUAUCCUCGUCACGAGACGGAUUUCGGCUUGAAGUAGGCCUAGUAUUGGAGACAAUACCGGAAUAGUGGAGGUAUUGUAUUUCUUUCUAACCCGGUUAUUCCUUCACAACUAAGGAUAAAUGUUGAUGAUGGAGGACGACGAAUUGGCUCAUCAGGUUGAUAUCGAUUCGGAUUUCGAGCCGCAAAGCCGGCCUCGCUCGUGCACUUGGCCACUGCCUUGUCCGGAGGAUUUCCCCGAAGUGCAGGAGGUCAAUGGGGGUCUUCCACUGACCACCAUCAAGGUGGAACCAGAUGACAAUCUAGCCGUUUCAGCGUGCAGAGCGGGGAGAAUGGGUGGCACGCCGACGGAGCUGAAGCAUCCAGCAGUCGCCCCGGCUCCCAUCCGGGCGACGCACCCAUGCUUGGCCAGCGCGGCACUUGAUGUGACUGGACAAUUGCGCAAAGCCAAAUCCUCGCGGCGGAACGCAUGGGGUAACCAGUCGUACGCGGACCUUAUCACACGAGCCAUUGAAAGCACCCCUGAAAAAAGACUCACGCUUUCACAGGUCUAUGAUUGGAUGGUCCGCUAUGUUCCCUAUUUCAAGGAUAAGGGCGACAGUAAUAGUUCAGCUGGAUGGAAGAACUCCAUUCGACACAACCUGUCCCUCCACACGCGCUUCAUCCGGGUGCAGAAUGAAGGCACGGGCAAGUCCUCCUGGUGGAUGCUCAACCCUGAGGGGGGCAAGAUGGGAAAGGCCCCUCGCCGGCGAACCGUCUCCAUGGACAACAGCACCAAGUACCUGAAGAGCAAGGGCCGGGUCAGCCGCAAGAGGGUGGGCAGGCCGGGGAUUGGUUCUGGAGCUCAAGUGGGGCUCCAGGCUUCCCCUGAGCAAGGUAGCCCACCGGGGAAGGUUCUCCCAGGCAACAUAGGGGGAGCUGGGGGUGUGGAAGGAGAGUUUGACGCCUGGACGGAGCUCCACUCCCGGGCUAGUUCGUCUACGUCGACCCUGAGCGGGCGUGUGUCGCCCAUCCUGGCCGAGGGCGAGCUGGAGGAGUCAGAGGAAAGCGGGCUGUCCUGCUCGGCCUCGCCACACCUCUACCCCUCUCCCUCCUCCAGUGCCCGCUCCCCUGCCAUGGGGGCCGUGGGAGGCCACUGUCCACCCGUGGAGCAGCUUCCCCAGCUGGCUAAUCUCACCGGGGCGAUCAGCCUGGAGGAGAGGCUCUUGGAGGAAGGCUACCACCAUCAUCAUCCUCACCUGGCAGCGGGCCACAAACUCCCCCCGGUCUAUCAUUACAACCCUGGGGUUAAAGGUCAGGGGUCGUACUGCGGCGCGGUCUACAGCCAGGCUGGGAUGGGCAUGCUGCGCCACCACUCGCCCAUGCAGACCAUCCAGGAGAAUAAGCCGGCUAGCUUCUGCGGCACCUUGCCGGCCUACUCAGGGACCAACGCCCUGCAGAGCCUGCUGACAGGGGGCCCUGGAGGGCCACAGCAGUACUGUGCCAAGGACAUAAUACUGGUCCAGGAGAGAGAUGCCCAACCAAUGAUGGGGCCCUCCACGAACGGUGUGAGCUCCACCCGUCACAGCCACCACCCCGGACACAACGGACAUGCAGCUCACAGCCACAACAGCCACAACGGAACUCAGAGUCAUAACCUCAACCCUGUGACCAACCACAACAACCACAACCACAGCUCUCCUCAUCUUGGCCACAACCUCAGUCAGAACCACAGCAACCACACAACGCACACACCGACUCGAGCUCCAGUCCUGGCCCCACGCAUCAGCAGUGGCCACCUCCAGCCCUACAGCCACAAAGUCCCCUAUCUUUACAGCCCCCCAUCCCACGCCCACCUCCCCGCUUCCACCACCCUGCCACCCAACCCGGCCGGCAUGCUGGGGAUGCCCCAGGACUCCUGCCAUCUGGCCACUGCCCCCCACCCCUCGCACCCCUGCCACAACACUUACCCCAGCCCCCAACACCAGGGAAUGGGCAGUGGACUGUACCACCACCAACUGGGCAUGGUAGGAGGCUGCACAGGAGGCAGCUACCAUGGUAGCUCGUACCACCAGCCUCACCCCCACGAGAGACUACCAGCCGAUCUGGACCUGGAUAUCUUCCACGGGAGCUUGGACUGUGACGUGGAGUCCAUCCUCCUCCACGAUAUCAUGGACUCCGGAGAGGAAAUGGACUUUAACUUUGACGGCUCCCUGGCGCAGGGGUUGGGCAUCGGGAUGGGCAUGGGGGUGGGCCUUGGCAUGGGCAUGAGUGGACUGGCAGGCCCUCAGCAAGCCCACAACAACCAGAGCUGGGUGCCCGGCUGAGACAUUUCCCAGAGUGCUUCAGGGCAGGCCUCAGAAAAGACUCCACGACAGAGAGUGCUGCAGGCCAGCCCUCACUGCCCCUCAGAUAGA